AUGCAUACACCGCCGCCGCAGGCACGCAGGACCACGCGCAGGCAUGUGCCGGCCACAACCACCACCGAGUUGACCCCCACCCCUCACCGCAAACCCAAGAUCUACGUGGUGAUGUACACAACCUGGGGCCACACCAAAACACUCGCGGACGAGAUCAUCAAAGGGAUUGAAGCCGCGGGCGGCGAGGCGACGUUGUGGCGGGUGCCGGAGACGCUUGGCGCGGACGUGUUGGGGAAGAUGCAUGCGAAUCUGGAUGCGAUUGCGGAUGUGCCUGUUAUUACGGCUGAGAAUUUGACGGAGGCUGAUGGGUUUUUGUUUGGGUUGCCUACGCGAUACGGCACCGCGCCCACGCAAAUCAAGGCUUUCUGGGACUCUACGGGAGGGUUGUGGCAGGUCGGAGCGUUGGUUGGCAAAUACGGGGGUCUGUUCCAUACGACCGCUACACAGCAUGGGGGCCAGGAGACGACGAGUUUGACGUUCCUUGCUCAUUACGUGCACCACGGUAUCCUCUAUGUGCCUCUCGGCUACUCCUGCCCGAUCUUGAACGACAACACCGAAGUGCUCGGCGGGAGCGCGUACGGCGCGGGCACGAUCGCGGGCGGGGACGGAUCGCGCCAGCCGUCGGCUAAGGAGCUGCAGGUGGCGAAUUGGCAGGGGAAGGAGUUUGCUAAAAUUUUGGCCAAGACGGUUUGAACAUUGUUACGGCCCACUGGCAUUUGGAGGGAAAGUAUUAUAGGGGAGGCGACAUAUGCGUGGAGCGGAUGUGUAGAUGGACAUAGAAAGCUGAGUUUUUUUCUGGUUUAUGGAGGGAAGGGCAAGUCGGGAGAUCUCGAAGCAAGAGACAUGCGAGUAGAAGAACCGACUCGAGGCUCAUUGAAAGCACCGGGUUAUGGUAACUUGAUGAUGAAAUUUAUACCUUUAACUACGUACAAAAAUGAAGCGUUAAGACCUCGAGGCUCGUACGUGGCUUCCAACAUGGAUAUCUUGAGCAUCCUUCUUCAGGUGUCUCGUUCAGACGCCUCACUCAAGUUCAAGCUCGUUGUCGGACUUUCUCUCACGGGCCUGUGACGGGUUUCUUUUGAGGC